AUGGCCAACGUAGAAGGACCUAUGUUUGUUCAUAAAGAAGACGACACUACAGCAACUUCUUCCUCCUCAGCCAGUGACGAUAACAACUCGCUCACAAGACGUACGAGCUAUUCUUCAACUGACUCUACAGAUAGCGAUCCAGUCAAGAGUUUCAACAAACUGAGAAGACAAGGCUCAAGAAGUUCUAUACUUUUGCAACCUAACACUCAAAGACAAAGAGGAGGAGAAGAUACUAAUACUUGGACACAGCAUAAAAAGCAUUUUUUUAUAUUAAGUAGUGCAGGAAAACCUGUUUGGACAAGAUAUGGGGAUGAGAGUCGGUUAUCUUCUUUAAUGGGUGUAAUACAAGCCAUUAUCUCCUUUUUUCAAGAUAGUAAUGACACAAUAAAGUCUAUUAAUGCCGGACAUCACAAAUUUGUAUUUUUAUUAAAAGAGCCCCUUUAUUAUGUUUCCGUUUCAAGAACAGGUGAAUCUGAUAUUCAGAUCCGUGAUCAACUUUUGUAUUUGCACAACCAAAUCCUUAGCGUAUUAACCAGUGUACAGUUAACUCGUAUCUUUGAACAACGAGUCAAUUUUGAUUUGCGUAGAUUAUUGGGUGGUACUGAAGUCUUCUUAGACAGUUUAUCCACCUUAUUCCACAAUGAUCAUAGUUUUAUGCUGAGUGGUCUACAAUGUUUGCGUAUGAGUAGAACAACAAGAGAUCAAGCAGGCGAGAUACUGUCUGAUGGUAGAGUCAAAAACUUGUUAUAUGCUAUGGUGGUAGCUGAUGGCAAACUCGCGACCUUACUUCGACCUCGAAAACACAGUUUACAUCCAUCCGAUCUCCAUUUACUGUUCAACAUGCUUACAGGAUCCACUACAUUUCAUACAGCCGAAUCAUGGACACCUUUAUGCUUACCCAAGUUCAAUCCAAAAGGCUUCUUGCAUGCCUACAUUUGCUAUAUUGAAAAAGGCGUGUCCAUUGUGGUGAUCAGUACGGACAAAAGCAACUUUUUUGAGAUCAGUGAAUGGAAAACAAAAAUUGUAGAAGCAAUGCAAAAGAAGGUAGUGCUGCAGUAUAUUAAAGAUGCUGCAGAAAAAUCGUAUAUGGUAGAGGAUAUUCAGGUGCCGUCAUUGUUGCAUUUCAUGUAUAAAUCCAAAGUACAUGUUCAGUUUACAACACCUGGCUUAAGUGGAAUGUAUACCAAUGAUUUGGACAAGAAGCGAUUGUUUAGAAUGUAUCAGCACUUACAUGAUAGAAUGCAUCACAAAUCAAGGCCUUUGAAGCUAUACUAUGUAAAUAGUGAAAAGGAGGCUAUGUUGGGUUGGAUUACUUCUUCUUUUGAACUAUAUGUUGUAUUCCCCUCCAACACACCAAAACCCUUGAUUAUCUCAAGCUCAAAUCAGUUGUUAAGAUGGAUCAAAAAGAACGAAGAGAACCUUUUUAUUCUAAAUUCGCCUGUAUUCUAG